AUGACGUCCUCAGUUACCACAACAUUCGCUGCGCCGGAGCCAGUGUACUUGUCACGCCACCGCGACGAUGAGCCUGCAUCUGCAGCAGAAAAGACUUCCCUUCAGCGCUUGUCGCACGGCGUUACCCUGCAAGGUGUUCCGUCAUUUACCUCCGUCGAGUUGCAGCGCCGCUGGAUGCUGGAGCAUCUCGCGGGCGCAUUUCGGGUUUUUGCUAGGAAGGGAUACAGUGAAGGGCUAGCAGGCCAUAUCAGUCUUCGCGACCCAGAGCACCAUGACUGCUUCUGGACCAACCCCUAUGGUACUCACAUUGGAUUGAUGAGAGUCUCUGAUCUCAUUCUUAUAAAUGAGAGUGGUGAGGCCGUCGGAGGUGCGACUCACCUGCCCGCGAACGCGGCCGGGUUUCAGAUCCAUUCGCACUUACACAAGCGCUAUGCCCACAUCAACGCUGCUUGCCACAUGCACUCCAAGUAUGGAAAGGCAUAUUCUGCAUUUGGCCAGCGGCUUGAGAUGAUUAACCAGGACUCGCUGAACUUCUAUGGUGAUGCCCAUGGAGUGUAUCAAGAGUUUGGCGGCGUCGUUCUUACUGAAGAAGAAGGCGAAAAGCUCGCCCAGUGUCUAGGAGAGAAGGGCAAGGGGCUUAUUCUCCAGAACCAUGGUCUGCUUACCGUAGGACAGACGGUCGACGAGGCCGCCUAUCUUUACACCCUCAUGGAGAGAUCCUGCGAGGUGCAGUUGCUCGCAGACGCGGCAGCAGAGGGCUCUGGCAAGCCAAAGAUCAUUAUUGGGGACAAGGCAGCUCAAUUCACUUUUGAGGCAACGAGCGAUCCGGAUGCUCUGUAUUGUUCAUUCCAACCAGAUUUUCAGAUGGAAAUGAAGCUGUCUGAUGGGGACUUUCUCCACUAA